AUGGGCUCAGGGCAGUCUUCUCAGGCCCAGCAAGUUCCACCUCCAGAAUGUCCUAAACAUGCUGAACAUGGUGGAACUGUGUUCACGUCCGAAGCGGAAAGGCUGAGGCAUGCCCGUAGAUCUAUGGCUGCUGUAGGAGGAGAUCAAGGAGAAUGCCCAAAGUCUGGUGGAGGAUGUCCCGUGAAUGCCGAUGGAGGAGUCAAUCCUUUGAAUAAUGAACUGGAGCACCCAAACCAGAAGCCAGCGCCUGAUCAACCGUUUCCUUUACCGUUGAAACGUGAAAAGUCGACGAUUCCCAAGGCGGGAACAAAUGACACUUGGACGUAUCCCAGUCCACAAAUGUUUUGGAAUGCUAUGUUAAAGAAAGGGUGGCGAUGGCAGGAGGAUCAGUUAACCCAGAAAGACAUGGAGAACAUUAUUCUUAUUCAUAACGCGCUAAUAAUGAAGAGGCAUGGCGAGAAUGAGUGUGCCGAGCCAAAGUUGAAGAGUUUCAAAGGAGAUGCGAAGAAUAUAUCACCUCGCGCUCGAUUCCGUAAUUUGUUCCUGGGCUAUAAUCUGCCAUUUGAUCGACAUGAUUGGAUAGUUGAUAGAUGUGGAGUAAAGGAGGUACAAUACGUUAUCGAUUAUUACGAUGGUGGUUCAGUAGAUCCUCGUUCGAAAUUGUUCACGAUUCUGGAUGUGAGACCGGCGUUAAAUGAUUUCGGGAAUAUUUGGGAUAGAAUGGUCGUUGCCUAUUGGCGUUUCAAAUUUGACGUUUUGGGAAUGACACCAAAAUUACCUAUUCCUCCAACAGAAGAUGAUGUACCCCACAAUGGGCUCAGGGCAGUCUUCUCAGGCCCAGCAAGUUCGCACCUCAGAAUGUCCUAA